GGCGCGUGGGCGUAUCACCGUGUACGUGAUCCGAGAGAACCGUGAGCAGGGUGGAGCGUGCGUUACGGCGACGGAGGGAGGCAAGAUUCCACGAUUCUCGCCGUAGAUCACCCACCAGGCCGGCCACCGCCACCGAUCGGCAGCCCCCGCACUACAUCCAGAUUCCAGAUCACACACACACCGCCACUCGCGCUCGCGCUCCGACAAGUACGUCUAUAAAUACCUCCGCACCCUGCUCGUGCGCUCCCCUGAGCCACAGGUACACCUCCAUUUGGUGGCCUGCAAUGCAAAACCCCUGCCUCGUGGUGCUCAUCCCUCCUCCGCCUCCCUCUAUCUCGCUGCUCGAUCUUGCCACCUGCAGGGGAAUCGGACGAAAUCGGUGCCUGAACUUGCGUCUUGUCAGUCUGACCACGCGCAUGGGCUGUUCUUGAUCUCAACCCGGCGCGCGUUGUCACUCGCCACUUCUCUUCAGUUGAGUGUCCAUGGAGCUGGGAGCUCCACACGCACCGUCGUCCUGCAUUUGUUCCUCGCAUCCUUUCCUCGUUCUGUGACGGCCCGGUCGGAUCAUCCAAGACCGACCGACCCACACACACACACACAACAAAGAACCCUCGCGCCUCCCCCGGUCGGCCGACCGGUGGUUAGAUGCAACGGGAGAUGGUGCAUGGGCACGGCGACGGCAACCACCACCAACACCAGCAGCUGCCGAGGUACAGCGCCGCCGCGGCCGCCACCGGCGUGGCGCGGGCGUCGAAGAAGAGCAAGCCCAAGAAGAUCCCGCAGCGCGGCCUCGGCGUGGCGCAGCUCGAGAAGCUCCGGAUCGAGGAGCAGAAGAUGGAGGGAUCCAUGCCGGUGUCGGGGCCCACGCACCUCGGCGUCGGCGUCGGCGGGUUCGGCCACCUACUCCCGAUGCACCCUCCGCCACACGCGCCGCUCCCGCUUCUGCCGAGGCCCGGCGCGGACGGCGGCGUGCACUGCGGCUACCCUUCGGUGCUCUGGGACCCAGCGUCGGCGUCGGCGGUGGCGGACCCCAUGAAGCACCCGUUCUACAAGAGGAGCCUGUGCCCGCUCCCUCCGCUUCCAACGUGGCAUGGGCAGGUGAGCGUGGGCCUGUCGCUGACGGCGGCGUCGUCGAGCCACCCAACGGAGCCCCCUUCAAACCAAAUGUACAGCAGCGGCGGCGGCGGCGCGGAGACUGCGGCGGCGGAGGACGACGAGGACAGGGUACACGCUGUCGUUGAGAGUGUAGGAGGCGGCCGGCGUGGACAGACCCUGGCCCUUGGUGUUCGAGGGCUUGAACACGACCGCCUUCCGGACGACGGCGGCGGGGAAGGCCCCUCUCGCAGUCGCCGCCAGGACAACGAGAGAGGCCGCCGCCGCCGCCGCUGGCUUGCCAGACGCCUGUGCCGCCGCCGACCUGAGCAGAUACGAGUUCAGCAGAGCCACCACGAACUAUUACAGCCCGGCCUCCGCCUGCAGCUUGAACGCGAGUUUUCCAGACUGGUCAUCGCCGGAGUUGGGGCACUGCAAGAGCAGCAAGGAGAAGGAGCCUGCCCCUGCCUACCUCACCUUGAGCGCGCAGCCUGCGCCACGCGGGAAGCAGCCUCCUCCUGCGCUCCCCUCGAUCAAACUCCCGGAGUUGGGUCACUGGGGCGUCAUGCAGCCUCCUCAGCACGGGAGCGCUUCGGCGUCGUCGUCCGCGUCGGCGUCGCGGCCGUUCUACAGCUUCAUGCCGGCUGGUCCGGUUCGCAUCGACAGACCCCGGAUCGGGAUCAAGGCCGACGACGCCUCUGACGGCGUCGACCUGGAACUGAAGCUGUGAAGGCGCUCAUCGCUGGACCCCUCUGUUCCUAGCUGGUAAAUUUGACGCCGAACCUGAAGCGGGAACUGGGAACAGAGCUCGUCGUCGUCGAGAAGAAAAGUUUCUGGCGCCGUGUUCUCGGUUUGUAACCUGAAACACGAUGUAUCGGUAUUUGCGUUCUUUUUUUUUUCUCCUCAACAUUUUCCCGCUCCCAAUAAACAUCUGGUGCGCAUGGAGAUGGAGUGUGUGCAGCGUCGAGCAGGUCUUCAGUGAGGAAAGGAGAGCACGUGCACGAUCGGGGUUGCAAGCUUGCAGCUGGCCUCUGUGGGGGGUCUUUUCUGUACAGAUCUAGCAAGGCAGCGUCGUGGCACACCCAGAUACGCACCAGACAGUCAGGUAGAUGUCUGCCAAGAUAUGCAAAUAUGGUUGUAGAUGUUCUGGUUUUCCUUUGGAUCAUUUGUGUUUGUGGAUGUAGUGCUACGUGCAAUGGAAUCACCACAUUUCCCAUUCUAUUUGACACUUUAA